AUGAUAUUCACUUCACCUUUAAGCAACAAUAGUGUAACUCUUAAUUUCUUUCUCUCUCUCUCUCUCUCUCUCUCUCUCUCUCUCUCUCUCUCUCUCUCUCUCUCUCUCUCUCUCUCUCUUUCUCCUCCCCUCUCUCUCUCCUCUCUCUCUCCUCCUCUCUCUCUCUCCCUCUCUCUCUCUCUCUCUCUCUCUCUCUCUCUCUUUUUUCAUCUCACAACUUACAUAAGAGAUUUUAUGUCGCCAGUGUCGCAAUUCGCACGCCUCCUAUUGUAUUUCUCCACGCGGCGACACGGACGACGAGAAGCGGCAAUUGAACCCUUCGCCAGCUUUUCACACCUCUUUUUUUUUUUUCAACGGUCUCAUUUAACAAAGGACGCUGUAUACACGGUCACAGUCUGUUCAUAUCUAUCUAUCUAUCUAUCUAUCUUUUCAGUUGUAUCCUUAUAUUCCUAUCUAUCAAACUCAGAAUGUUCCUAUCUAACACUUCAGGCAUAUUCUUAUCUUACAGUCACAGUCUGUUCCUAUCUAUCUAUCUAUCUAUCUAUCUAUCUAUCUAUCUAUCUAUCUAUUUAUCUAUCUAUCUAUUUAUUACGUUCCUAUCUAUCUAUUUAUCUAUCUAUCCAGAUAUAUUCUUAUAUUCCUAUCAACCUCAUUAUGUCCCUAUCUAUCUGUUGA